AUGCCGCCACGUAUGCUUGGGUUCAUUGGUCUGGGUGUCAUGGGAUAUCCCAUGGCGGUGAACCUGUUGAAGAAACUCGACGACGAAGGAAUACUGCAUGUGUACGACAUCUCCGACCAGGUUGUGGAAAAGUUCGAACAAGAAGCCCCCACGUCGUUGUGGUUUGCUCCAGUGCACGUGAAGUCUCUGAACGAUCUGUACAGUGAUAUCAUUUUUACAAUUGUCCCAGAAGGAAGUCAUGUCCGGAAUGUUUAUCUCGAAGAAAGCAAUGGCGUGCUAUCUGCGGCGAUAAAUGGCAAAAUCUUAGUCGACUGUUCCACCAUCGACACGAAGACAUCAAUUGAUGUACAUGAUGCCAUUCGCACCAAAUAUCCGACGGCAUCAUUUUACGAUGCACCAGUAUCCGGAGGAUCCCUAGGUGCGGCUGCUGGAACUUUGACAUUCAUGUUGGGUUGUAAGGAAGUCGACGACAACAUGCCGGUAUUGAACGACCUACUCAGUAGCAUGGGAUCAUCCAUUUUCCCAUGUGGUGGGUUUUCACUCGGUCUGACAGCGAAGUUGUGCAAUAAUUACUGCUCCGGUAUUAUUGCCAUUGCGACAUCAGAAGCAAUGAAUAUUGGCAUCAAGUCCGGCAUGGAUCCUUCCCUGUUAUCCAGAAUUUUCACGACGAGCACGGCUCAGAGCACCAUUAACGAUAAAUGGAACCCGGUACCCGGUAUCUGUCCGGACGCUCCAGCUAGUAAAGACUAUCGUGGUGGCUUUAAAGUGCAGUUGAUGAAAAAAGAUUUCACUCUCGCCAUUGAGACAGCAAAAAGGGUUGGGGCUCACCUGUGUCUUGGAGACUCGGGUCUUACGGUAUAUGAGCGGGCAAGUGAGGAUAAGGCAUGCCGAGAUCGAGAUUCAAGAGUGGUGUUUCGUUAUAUUGGGGGUGAUGAGGACUGGAAAGAGAAACUAGGGCUUUCACAGUAG